UUUGAUGUGGAUUACUUCAAUUUCCAGCGUCGGACAUUUCCUGGGGAUAAUGGUAAUACCCAAGCUUCCAGUGCAAGGUCUUGGAAGGUCUCCAAACCUCACAAUUCAUGGCAACUUAUUUUUUCGCAACCUCCCGAAAUUGUUCCCAGCCAUCUCUAAUCAUAUCUGCGAAAAUCUCGCCCAUAAGUGCAAGCGUGCACCUUGGAUAUGCAAAGAUUGUUACCGGUUUUUUAUUUCUCCUUAGACACUGGAGUAUCCUUUAUAAUCUCUGAGGGAUGGCCCCCCCAGCCCCUUAAGCGCAUACACUCGAAGCUGAGUAUAAUAGCAGGAUUUCUCCAAAAGUCACAAUGCGAUUCUGGAUUGCUUUUGUCGCAAUCGCUUUAGUUCCGGUUGUCGCAGCUGACUUCUACUACGGCUACGCCUGGUGCGACCCCCCGAGCGGACCUGGCACUCUUGAAACUCAUGCGAUUAUCCUCCCCGCGAACCAGAACAAUUGCCCCACUGCAACGGGCUGGUGGUCCCAGUACUACAAGCAGCAGUCCAAAAGUGUAUGGAACUGGACAAUCGCCGCGCAGCUUUGCGGUGCUACCGUUACGGUGGCAAUUGGCAACUUUGCCGAGGUUCAACCCUUUUGGAAUAGCUCAGAUGGAGGAAGUGGAGAAUGUUCCCACUGGCUUCCUGGCUCGCCGGACGGCACGCAAGUAAUGCGGUGCAGCAAAGAAUGGCGUCCAUGGGGCACAGUACGAUGCAUCUACGUGGCCCGCGGCAUCUGCGACUCGUACUUGUGCAAGUGACCAAUGUAGAAGUCCAAAAUUUUCGGCAUCUGGGACGCGCGCUAGCUGCCUUGUCACAAGACCUGUUUAUGUUCAGAGCCAGAGAGUACUGUAAAAUACGCUCGGAAUGAUGAUUGCCA